AUGCUGCCCCGGGGGCGGGGGCGGCUGAAGGCGCUGGGGGCCGGUCUCCUGCUGCUGCUGCUGCUGCUGUCCGGCCUCUACCUGCUCAGCGGGGACCUGGCGUAUGGCCGCCUGCUACUGCCUUCCCCUUGCUCCAGAGGGGCCCCUGCAGGACUGGGGGCUCAGGUUCGGGCUGUGGAGGAGGAGAAUCGGCAGCUUCGGGAGGAGCUCCGGCGCUGGGGGGCCCUGGGGAGACUCCCGUCGGAGCGCAGUGGUGAGCGCGACGUGACGUGGGGCCGGACGGCCUGUAGUCAGCAGCCCACAGUAGGGAAAUGCGAGCUCCUGCACGUGGCCAUCGUGUGUGCCGGGCACAACUCCAGCCGGGAUGUGGUCACUCUGGUCAAAUCCAUCCUCUUCCACAGGAAGAACCCGCUGCACUUCCAUCUGGUGACAGAUGGUGUGGCCCGAAACAUCCUGGAAACCCUCUUCCACACUUGGAUGGUGCCCUCUGUCUUCAUUAGCUUCUACGAUGCUGAUGAGCUCAAGCCUGAAGUUGCCUGGAUCCCCAAUAAGCACUACUCAGGCAUCUACGGGCUUUUGAAGCUGACCCUCCCCCGCGCACUGCCCCCUACCCUAGCCCGUGUCAUCGUCCUCGACACUGAUAUCACAUUUGCUUCUGACAUCGCUGACCUGUGGGCUGUCUUUGCCCGAUUCUCAGACAAACAGGUGAUUGGGUUGGUGGAGAACCAGAGUGACUGGUACCUAGGGAAUCUCUGGAAGAACCACCGACCCUGGCCUGCCUUAGGCCGUGGCUUCAACACAGGGGUGAUCCUUCUGCAUCUGGAACGACUGAGGCAGGUGCGCUGGGAGCAGAUGUGGAGGCUCACAGCUGAACAAGAGCUGCUGACCAUGCUGGCCACCUCUCUGGCUGACCAGGACAUUUUCAAUGCUGUGAUCAAGCAAUACCCUUGGCUUGUGUAUCCGCUGCUGUGUUCCUGGAACGUGCAGCUCUCAGACCACACCCGAGCUGAACAGUGCUACUCCGAGGUGUCUGACCUCAAGGUGAUUCACUGGAACUCACCGAAGAAACUUGGGGUAAAAAAUAAGCAUGUCGAAUUCUUCCGAAAUCUCUACCUGACCUUCUUGGAAUAUGAUGGGAAUCUGCUGCGGAGAGAGCUCUUUGGCUGCAUUAGUGGUCCGCAGACUGAGCCAAGCCAGACAAGACAAGCUCUGGUGGAGCUGGAAGAGGAUGAUGCUUGCUACGAAUUCCGUCAGCAGAAGCUCACCGUCCACCGUGUCCACCUUACCUUCUUGCCCUAUGAGCCUCCUGCCCCCCACCCCCAUGAUGUCACCCUGGUAGCCCAGCUGUCCAUGGAUCGAUUGCAGAUGUUGGAGGCCCUCUGCCGCCACUGGCCGGGCCCCAUGAGCCUGGCCCUGUACCUGUCGGAUGCGGAGGCCCAGCAGUUCCUGCACUUUGCGCAGGCCUCUGAGGUGCUGUCUGCCCGGCGGGAUGUAGCCUACCACAUCGUGUACCGAGAAGGACCCCUCUACCCUGUCAACCUGCUUCGGAACGUGGCUCUGGGCCAGGCCCAUACUCCCUAUGUCUUCCUCAGUGACAUUGACUUUUUGCCAGCCUACUCCCUCUAUGACUACCUCAGGACCUCCAUCAAGGAGCUGAGCCUGGCCACCCGCAAAGCUGCUCUGGUGGUGCCAGCCUUUGAGACCCUUCGCUAUCGACUGAGCUUCCCCACCUCCAAGACUGAGCUGCUGUCCCUGCUGGACGCUGGCUCCCUCUACACCUUCAGGUACCACGUCUGGCCCCGAGGGCACGAGCCCACCGACUAUGCCCGUUGGCGGGAGGCCCAGGCUCCCUAUCGUGUGGAGUGGGCAGCUGACUACGAGCCCUACGUGGUGGUCCCCCGGGAUUGCCCCCGCUAUGACCCCCGGUUUGUGGGCUUUGGCUGGAACAAGGUGGCCCACAUAAUGGAGCUGGACGCACAGGAGUAUGAGUUUUUGGUUCUGCCCGAGGCCUUUGCCAUCCACUUGCCCCACGCACCCAGCCUUGACAUCUCCAGGUUCCGAUCCAGCCCCACUUACCGCCUUUGCCUCCGGACCCUCAAGGACGAAUUCCACCAGGACCUGUCCCGCCGCUAUGGCUCGGCUGCCCUCAAGUAUCUCACAGCCCAGCGGCAGCUCUGAGGAGGUCUCCUGGCAGCACCCUGAGAGGGCUGGGCUAGGUCCUGGGUAGUUGACUGCCCAGGGGAGGAUUUGGAGGCUGCUGAGUCCCUCAGGAAGGACUUCCUACUAGACGCUCCAGACACUGGAAUGAGGCCUUGGGUCCUAGGGUGUCUAUUUAAGUUAUUUAAGGUGAUUUGAGUGGUUCCGAGGCUGGGUGGGAGGGGCCACCUGGGCUGUUACUGCAGCUCUCCCUGUCAUAUAUCCAGCCUCACUGCCACCAGCCAUGAUGGGGCUGGCCUCCCCACUCUGUACUGGACUUUUGUAAUUAAAGCAGUUUUUUUAUUCUUUUCA